AUGUCGUUGACUUACACAUCCCUCGAGGAUAUUCCCAAGGCACGGCGUUCACCCUCGGCGAUGCAUCCUUCGCAAGGAGCUGACGUCUUCCUUGCAUCCCAGAUCCAUGACACGGCGCAGCGCGCCUGGCUGUCCGGCAAGGCCAAGUCUGUCGCCUUCCGCAAGGAGCAGAUCGCGCAGGUGGGGUACCUCGUGAAGGACAACGAGCAGCGCUUCAAGGACGCGCUGAAGGCCGACCUCGGGCGGCCGUACCUCGAGACCGAAUUCUUCGACUUCGGGAUCGUCUACGCGGAGGCGCGCAUGGCGUACGACAGCAUCGGCGCGUGGACCGCGGCGCAGAGCCCGGCCUUCUCCGCGAACUGGUUCUUCAUGCGCCCGCGCCUUGUACCGCAGCCGAAGGGCGUCGUGCUGGUGAUCGCGCCGUUCAACUACCCGCUCUUCCUCCUCCUGGUCCCCCUGAUCAGCGCUAUUGCGGGUGGCAAUGCGGUGGUGCUGAAGCCGCCGGAGCACACGCCCGUGUUCAGCGCGCUGCUGGCGGAGCUGCUUCCCAAGUACCUUGAUUCGGAACUGUAUCAUGUCAUCAAUGGCGCUAUACAGGAGACGACGAAGAUCCUCGAGCUUCAGUGGGACCAUAUUAUGUAUACGGGAAAUAGCCGCGUCGCGCGCAUCGUCGCUCAGGCAGCAUCCAAGUAUCUGACUCCUUUGACAUUGGAGCUUGGAGGCAAGAACCCUGUGUUUGUCGAUCCCAAGGUUGACCUUGCUAUGACCGCAAGGCGGGUUUUGUGGGGGCGGGUGUCCAACGCGGGCCAGAUCUGCAUGGCGCCAGAGUAUGUCCUCGUGCCGGAGGAGAUACAAGACGCGCUCGUGGGGGCGCUCCGGGCAGCCCACGAUACAUUCUUCCCCGAGGGUCCCAAGAGUUCUGCGUCCUUCGGGCGCAUCGUCACCGAGGCUCAUUCUGCGAGGAUCAAGGGGCUCAUCGAGGGUACUACAGGCAAGAUUGAGUUUGGCGGAGAAGUUGACGUCCCCGAGAAGUACGUCGCCCCGACCGUGGUGAGCGGUGUCCGCGGCGACGACUCCUUGAUGGAGAUAUUCGGUCCCGUGCUCGUGCUCGUGCCUGUGAGGAGCAUGGACGAAGCUAUCGCAUUCGUGAAUUCCAGAGAUAUACCUCUCAGUAUCUACGUCUUCUCGCAUGACAAGCACUUCCACGAUAAGGUCAUGGAUAACACGCAAAGUGGCUCCGUUAUGAUCAACGAGACUCUGGUUGCAGUCGGAGCUCCUGGACUCCCGGCAGGCGGAAAGGGAUCGGCUGGAUAUGGCUACUACACUGGCAAGCACGGCUUCGAUCAAUUCGUGCACCUUCGGGUCUCUCUGAACAACCCUGUGUGGGUCGACAAGCUCGUGUUCAAAUACAGGUUUCCUCCGUACACCCUCGAGGGAGUCAAGAAGCUGCGUUCUGCGGAGGCAGCGCUCCCGCCGCGGCCAGGGAGCACAAGCGCAAUCUCUGCGACGAUGUGGUCCCUAACGGCAUUGACCCUCUUCGCGGGCGCGUCGUCGUUUGCAGCACUGCGCUUCAUGAAUCGCGUGUAG